UGACCCCCAAAACAGGAAGUUCUUUGUGCGACUUUGUCACGUGACCCAUUGUUUCUACAUAGCAACACAGUAAACCUCUCUGUGACAGGCUUUCUGUUGUAAAGCACAGAAUACACACAUCGCUCAAGAUGAGUUCUGGCAGUGAAGAAGAAGAUGUUGGACCUUCUGUAGACUCCAAUGACUUAGAGGAACGUAUUGCAGCACGUAGAAUAAGAAUUUCUAAACGUGUUGAAGCUGCCCGAAAGGUUUUGCUUGGUGAGGACUUAAAUGAACAGAAGGAGGUCAAGGAAGAAAUCAGCAAGAGCCGCAAACAGAUCGAAGACAGCCGUUUGCGGUUAACAAAACUUCGUAAGGAUGGAUUUGAACUGGUCACCAACAUCAGAGUGGCUGGCGAUGCCAGAGAAGCUGCCAGACGCACUAUUGAAGAAGAAGCCAAGCGACAUAGGAAAGAGAAACUGGAAGCUGAGGCCAAAUCAGCAGCUGAGAGGUUUGAAGAGAUCACCAAGAAGUGGGAGUCUGCUCUGCAGAAGGAGGUUCCGCAAUCCCUUCAUGAGAUGCUGCUCCAGCAAAAGAGGUCUUGUGAUGCCAUGAACGAUGAGAAAAACAAAUUGAUCACCGAAUUUCAGCAGGACCUGAAAGCUAAAGAUGAUCUGUACGUAAAAGACCUGAAAAAGAUGGCGGAGGAUGUAGAUCUGAUGAUAGAGAGACAAAACGAACAGGUGGACAACCUACAGAAAGCCCAGCGGGAGGAGUUAGCACAGAUUGAGAGGGCUUUUGUCAUGGAGAGAAAUGAACUGUUGGAGCUUCAAAAGAAGAAAUGGGAGGAGAAGAUGGGGUUCCGCUGCGAAAAAGAGGAAGAGUUCCUGGUGGCUCGCUCCAAAAGAGUGGAUGAUUUCGAACAGCAGCUGCAGCACUUGCGAGUUCAGGACGCGGAGGAGUACAACAUGGUCAAGAUCAGGCUGGAGACAGAUGUGCAGAUUCUUGAGCAGCAGUUGCAGCAGAUGAGAGCAACGUAUCAGUUGAACCAGGAGAAACUGGAGUACAACUUCCAGGUGUUGAAGAAGAGAGACGACGAGAACACCAUCACAAAGUCACAGCAGAAGAGGAAGAUCACAAGACUUCAGGACGUGCUCAAUGCCCUGAGGCAGAAGUUGUCCAAGCAGGAGAAACAGUACAGAGACGAGAACGCCCAGCUCAGCGAGGACUACAAGAGGAUCACGGAACAGUUCCACGACCUGCAGAGAAAGUCAAAACAUUUCCUCGCAACCGAUGCCAAGAAAUUCCACGAUGUUUGGUGCAUGAAUGAGGAAGAGUGCCGGGCCUUGAUACAGGAAGUGAUGGAUGUAGACACAACGAUCCAUGAGCAACAGUUGGGCCUGGAGUGGAAAGUGCCGGACCUGGAGUUUCUUGAGAGCGUUGGUCCGCUGGUGAACACAGGGAGACCACAAGGAGCAUCGGCCACUCAGAUCUUGCAAGAAGUCAUGUCCAAUGCUUCUGGAGAAAAAGACGAGGGCGCAGCUCCGACUACUGCUGCCAUCUACAACAAGAUUUCUGCACACACCAUCAAGCAAGUCUUGGAGCUGUUGUGCGAUGAAGCUGGAUUCCUGGUGGAGAACAAGCUGAACAAACUGUUGGCUCCACUGGAGAAAGACGAACGGUCACUCAUGAAGCUGGACAACAUCUUUUCUGCUUUGGGGCUGGAGACCGAGGAAGACAUCCACAAAUUGAGCACUUAUUUUAUGAACAUCAGAGAGAAGAAGGAGGAAGAGAAAUUCCCUGACCAGCAAGACGAUGAGGAGAAUGCAGAGGAAGAAGAGGAGGAUGAGAUAGAAGAUGAGAUCAGAAAACUGACAGGCAAAGAGGAUGAUGCGGAUUCCAUCCGCAGCGACUGUGUGGAUCUUAUCCACCCUAACGAGGUUCUGAAAGCUUUACGAGCUUUUGUUGAGGACACGAGGAAAGGCCUGAAAGACUCGGCCCCGAAGUCUCAGUUCCACAUUACCUCCCUGGAGAACCGCGACGACUCUCUGGACUCAGACUACUGGCAGAAGUACGCAAGUCUGCUCAACGAGAAGAAGGAGCGCAUGUGGGACGCCCUCAUAGAGGCGCUUGAGAAGUACAAUGAGGUGCUGCACAGCCGUUCCUCCUUGCUCAACGAGACGGAAGCUCUGAGACAACAGAACGCUGAGCUGAGGCUUUUGCUGCACCAGUAUGUCAACUCCAAGGUGAAUGCGGAGCUGGAGAUUCCACCAACACGAGUUCUACAACUGGAGCUCAACCCUCAAUAGUUGCAAAGAUCAUCACACUUGUCACCCGAUUGUGGCUCACAGAUAUCAAGGGCCACAAAUUAGAGUCAGAAAUGAAUCUUUAAUAGAAAAAACCCAUCUCUGCACCAUCUCUACCGUUGGGGAUUUAACUGCCUCAGAAUCUUCCUCAUAUCUUUCUGUGGAUCUGGAUACAUGAGUCUUACAAGUUGUUGGUGUCCUUCUCUAACCACAUAUAUGUUUGUGAAUGCUGAUUUUGAGAAAAGUGGGGAGAAGCAAAAUCUCUUUCUUACUAUGUGUGUCAUGUAUGGUUAGAUCAUCUGACAAUUUCACGCAACUCCCUCCCUCCCCCCACAUCCGUCAGUAUUCUCUUAACUUUUUUAUGUGGGUUACAUAGUGGGUCUACUUUUGUACUCUACUUUGAGAUUUUAAAAAUAGUAUUUGACCUAAUUUGGUGGAGAUGUGGUUAGAGUGGGACACCGUCGAUAUGUAUGUAUACAAUGACCUUCUGCUUGUGAUUUUGUGAUGGAAGGGUAGAUGUCAGUGAAUAUGCUUGGCGUGUAUAACACUUGUUCAUGUGCAUCUUCUGUUGAAUUGAGGAAUAUUAAGCCAAAGGAAGUCAAAAUAUUUGGCUUGCCUUUAGCAAAUAACUGUCAUACAUUUAAAGAACUUAUAAGACUUUGUUGUCAAUUUUGAUUGAAGCUCAAAUAUGUUCCUGCUGACAUUGGUUAAGCUGUUUAUAGAUAAAUUUGCUCAGUUGCUUCAGAAUAUAUCUUUAAAGUUUUUUAUGAUACAAGUCUGCUGUUAAUAUAAUAAGCUUCACAUCAGUAUGAAUAGCAAUAAAACUCAUGAAUAUACACAGCAUUCUUUUUAGAUGCAAUAUGAAUAAGCCUGGAAAAAUUUUGUAUUGAAAGAAAUACUGGUACGGUAAAAACUCCUGAAAAUGUCACAUCGAAGACGGGAAGACAGUGAAGAUACAAUCCUGAAAUGGUGGAAAGACAAAAACUUGCCUGGUUUCAGAUCAUUAGACAAUUAUGAUAACUGCUUGGUUGUUGGAAAGAUACAUCAAACUUAUGCUUCUUGGUGACUUCUUUAAACCUAUUGGAAAGGAAGGAAAAGGGAAGAAACAUCUGCAGGUUGUGUCCUACUCCUAAAUAAGAUGUAGAAAAAUUAUGAUAUUGGUUUAGGAGAAAUGAUGAUACUGGAUUCAUGAACCCUUAUCUAAUUUUUCAUUUAAUGCAAGGUGACUGAGGUGACCUCUAUUUAGAAAAAGUGUUUUGUGAUAUUGAGUCUAUCUCCUUUACAGAAAGAAGAGUUGAGAUGUAAUGUGUUUUCCAGUUUGAUACACAAAAGUAUAUAUAACUUUUUAUUCUGUACAAAAUAUUGCUACUUUGAAACAUUUUAGUAUGUGAUUAUUUUUUGCAAAAAAAAUAAUAAAUUAUGAGGUGUAUGCCAUUGUCCUCAAAAUGUGUUGUUCAUUUUGGCCUUGAGACAUGAAAUACAAAGUUUUACAACACAAAA